AUGGCAGCGGCGGACGGGCGGCCGAGGGAGAGCCGCGAGGAGAGACGGAGGAGCCGAGGGCUGAGGAGGGGCUCCCGGCCCGGCGGGGCAGGCGGCGGCUGUCUGCGUGCUGUCACCCAGCUACAUGCUGCCCGCGGGGCUCCCAGAGCCGCCGCUCCGCCGCUUCCGGCAGCGCUGUCUCUUCCUCUCUUCCCGUCCCUAACUUCAGCCCGAACCUCUCCCGGCCCGGCUGAGGAAACCCUCCUCCUGCCGCAGCAUGCUCACACGCCAGGGACGCGGCCCCGGCAGUGCCCGCCCCUCGCGCCGCGCCGCCUCCCCCUUCGUGCUCUGCCCUCCAGCGGGGCCGGCCCGCAGUGGGUACGGCCUGUGGGGACCGGCGCGGGCAGGGCGCGCGACUUCAGGAAAUGCCCUCCUGCUCCACUCCAGGCUCCAAAUCCAUAUCACCAGAAAUCCAUAGUGGUCCUGCAGUGGCAUCAGCCAUUUCUCCCUGGAUUUGUGGGCACAUCUCCACCACUCCCUGAAGAAGGGAACCUCAGAGGGAUGUACUGGGCUCUGCUCCUGACUACUGGUGGCAAGACGCAUGGGAAUAACACAAAGCUGGACCAGGUUCAGACCGGGCAAUAAGAGAAUAAUAUUUACCAUGAGAGUGGUCAAACUAUGGAACAGGCUUCCUGGAGAAAUAGUUGGUGUCCCAUGACUAUGGGUGUUGAAGAGACAUUUGGACAAUGCCCACGGUAACAUGCUUUAUCUUCUGGUUAGCCCUGAAGCGGUCAGGCAGAUGACCUCAAUGAUUUUUGAAGGUCUCUUCCAGCUAUGCUAUGCUAUCCGAUCCUAUCCCAACCCAUCCCACCAGAUCCCAUGGACUUGUGUAUGUCUGUUUUGUUAAAAUAGUCCCUAACCUGAUUGUACUCCACUUAGGGAAAGUUUUGCUUGCUCUAGGUUUUCCCACUGGUCUGAGAGCUCUGGGAUUCCUGAUGGCAAAUUGGGAAGACAGUAAAGACCAAGGCAAAGAAAGUAGUAAAUUCCUCAACCUUUCCAUGUCCACUGUCACCAGGGAUCCUGACCUGAUCAACAGUGGGCCCACAUUUCCCCUGGCUUCCUGCUGAGCUCCCUGUAGAGGACUUUCUCAGUGUCCCUCAUGUCUUUAACUCUGUCCCUGCACGCUCAGACAAUUCCUCUGUAUUCCCCGUGGAUCUUCUGUCCCUUCUACCACCUUUUCAUGAUUCUUCUUCAUUUUAUUAUUACUUUAACUUCAGGCUGUAAUCUACAGUUUCUGAUUGAUUCAUUAUUGAUUUUAUAUUAAACAUUUUCAAUUUGAUGUUAAUUAAUUUGAACAUUUAUUCCCUGUCUUAUUCAGCAGACACUUAUGAACAAGUAGUAACUUACAUUGUGAACAUUUUCCUUCUCCAACUGGUCUCUAUAACACAACCUAUGUUAGGUGAGUGUCA